AUGACGUUACUUUCACUCAUUCCUACUGUGCUCCCGCAAGUGAUCCUGAUUAUGGCGGCAAUAACUUGCUUGCUAUUCUACCUGUUUCUGCAGCCUCCAAAAGAGCCUAAACAUAUCCCAGCAGUUCCUUUCUGGGUUUCGCUGCUACCACUGUUCAGAGAUGUCGAUCAGCAAGUUAUCUACAACACAUACGUUCGCGACCUGCUACAUCAGCAUGGAGCAAUAAAGAUAUUUUUCGGCUCGCAGUGGAACGUUCUGGUCGAAAGACCGGCCUUCUUAGCACAUGUCUUCAAGAACGAAGACCAAUACCAGAAGAGUGGCAAUCAGAAGAAGAUUCCAGGCAGCGUGCUCGCCAACUUCUUGGGCGAUAACAUCAUCUCAAGUCAUGGAGAAGUGUGGAGGCUUUAUCAAGAGAUCAUGAAACCUGGACUUCAGGAAGGAUGGUCCAUGGAUCCCAUCUACGAGAACGCUUCCUCGCUAUUGGAAAAUUUCAAGCAGACUCAAAGACCGCUGUCCGUCCAAGAACCACUGCAGAGGUACACGAUCGCAAACCUGGUACGAGGGCUCAUGCACCUCGACUUUGACAUGAAUCACGAAAAAGUCGUCCGACUUAGUCAGAUGCAGAGCAAAGUCAAGGGGCAGAUCUUUCGCCCUGUUUUCAUGAGUUUCCCCUCUCUCGACAAAUGUGGGUUUCCAAGCCGAGAGAAAGCACGCCGGGACGCUGCUCGAUUUACGGACCAUCUCGUGUGUAUGUUGGCUGAAACGUGGCUCGAGAGGUCGGACGAGAACCGCCCAGAGGAGAAAGGACACAAGGACGUUGGGUGUCGACUUGUCCAUGCUUGGAAACAACAGCGAAUCACCCAUCAACAGCUUCGAGACAAUGUGACUGUUCUCUUUGUGGCCGGGCAAGAAAAUCCUCAGCUCGCAAUCCUAUCUGCUCUAUAUUUACUUGCCAAACAACCCGAAAUUCAGGAACGACUACACUCAGAAGUUAUGACUGCAGGAAAUAACAGACCCGACGAAGAGCAGCUCAGGAACAUGCCGUAUCUGACGGCUUGCGUCUAUGAGAGCCUGCGGCUUUUGCCACCAAUCGGUCAGCUCAUCAAUCGACUGGCCACGACGCCAUUUGUGCUGGGCGAGGACACUGUGGUCCCUCAAGGAAUGUAUCUUGGUUACAAUGCCUAUGCGACCAACCGAAAUCCAGUGACUUGGGGUCCGAACGCAGAAGAGUUUCUGCCCAAUCGAUGGGGUGACACCGCGGAUGAUGUACAAAAGUCCUAUCGACGACGCAGGGCUCGAGCAGAAUUCAUCACUUUUCAUGGUGGACGGCGAGCAUGUUUAGGCGAGCGAUUUGCGGUGUUGCAGCUCAAGGUGACAUUGUACACAUUAGUGCGGCAUCUUCGGUGGGAACUUGAUCCCCUAUGGCCCGAUCGUAUGACACCGGCCGGGCCUCUUGCCCCGAGAGGGCUUAGGCUGAAGUUUGAGCAUAGACGCCAGUGA